UCUUUGUCUGAUACAAGUACGUCUGGAGGGUCGUAAUACACCCAUAGACGUUGGUUAUACCCAAGGAACUUCUGUUCAAGCUGUGCUUGAAAGGGCAUGCAAAACUUUAGGAAUAUAUGAUUCUUGGAAUUAUGCCUUAUAUAGCGAACUUUUCAAGACAUGGCUAUAUGAUUCACAUUUACUAUCAUCUUAUCCUGAAGAGGAUACUUUAAUAGUUCGUAAAAAAACAUCUGAAUACCUUGAACUCGUGUUUAAUGAAGAAAAUCCAAAAAAGCGAAAUUUACCAACAACGUUGAAUCCGAAUUUAGCAGCACAAGCAAAACGAAAGGGAGUCUUUGGCGGUACUAAAAGCGUUAAAACAUCAUUGAAGACACGUGUUCAAGCAGAAACAAUUUACUUGACCACAAUAUUGUUCACUAGUGAUAAUAAAAUAUUAAUAACUUCUGGUAGUAGUAAAAUGUUUCCUACUAUUGAAGUUAUACGUGACGAAAAAAUUUUUGGUAAUUUUGAGGAUGAUAGUGAAGAAUUUGCUCAUGUGAUAAGAUCUUCAUUAGAUUGGUCAACUUCAAAGGAGGUUUAUAAUGACUCAUCAAGUGAUUCGGAUUCAUUUCACUCUUUGCAUUCAAAUUCGAGUACGUGUGAUUUGCCUGAAGGGUCAAAUACUAUGUCAUUUAGUCAAUACAUAAAUGAUGAAACAAUAUGGACAAAUGCGUUUGGUCAUGCUGCCCUGAAACUAAAGAGCGAGUUGUCUCUUGAUUCAUUGGGCAUUAUAUAUGAACAUGUUGUAACCAUGCAUUCAUCAAAGUCAAAAUUCAUAGUUGCUCUUCAAUAUGUUCCAAGCUGUAUAAAGGAAGAAAUCGCUCACGAUCUUGUAAAAGCUGGUACACUAAAAUGGAAAAAUUUUGAUGAAAUAAAUAAUAUUUAUCAUAAAGAUUCUCAUCCGAUAUGGUCAACUUUCGUUGAAAAAUGGUGUUCUAGGCAAACUAAAUUGUCCCCUGGUCUUUAUCUAGGUGUUUUAUAUGCUGAAAGUACAUUACAAAGUAUCAAAAUUUUAGUACCAAAAGAUCGAAAACAAUUUAUUCCUUUAGGGAAAAUUCGAGAUGAAGCAAUGAUUACUGCUGAGGAAACAAGUUGG